CGGAUGUGUUGCAGUGACAGUGGGCGGUGCCCUGGUGAGGGGGCGGGGCGUGUUGGUCUCUCACUGACACACGGAGCUUGUGCGCCCAGAGCAGCCGGAGCCCCCGCCCCUCGCACCGACCCGCUGAGUCUGGAACUUUAUUUGUCCCCGAGUUUGUGUCUCAGCCCCCGGGGGCCACACUCCCCCCCCAGGAACCCGAAUGUGAGUGAGAGGAGCCCCCCGUCUGGGACUGACAGGUCAAUACGACCCCCCCCCCCGACGCCCCACUCCAGUCUAAUAAACAUGACGCUGGGGGGUUGAGCUCGCUGCACACGAUGGAACUGAAAGUCUGGGUCGAUGGGGUGCAAAGGAUCGUUUGUGGGGUCACCGAGGUGACGACGUGCCAAGAGGUGGUGAUCGCCCUCGCUCAGGCCAUCGGCCGCACUGGGAAAUACACAUUGAUAGAGAAAUGGAGGGAGACCGAGAGGCAUUUGGCCCCCCAUGAAAAUCCGGUGAUAUCCCUGAAUAAGUGGGGACAAUACGCAAGUGACGUUCAGCUGAUUCUCAAACGCACGGGACCCUCACUUGGAGAGAGACCCACCUCAGACAGCAUCGCAUAUGUACCCGAAAGGACUUUGUACAGACAGAGCCUCCCCCCUAUGGCCAAGCUGAGGCCUCAGAACGACAGGUCCAUAAGGAGGCGAGAGCCAAAGAGGAAAUCCUUGACCUUCACUGGGGGUGCUAAGGGGCUCAUCGAUAUUUUCGGCAAAGGCAAAGAGUCGGAAUUUCGGCAGAGGGUCCUGAACAACUGCAAGACCGCCGCCGAGGAGCUGAAGAAGUUGAUCCACCUGCAGAACGAAAAGCUUCUGUCGCUGGAGAAGCAACUGGACUCCAACGAAGCCGAGACCCGGUACUGGCAGCAGAAGCACAAGUCCAACCUGGAAGAGGAGAUGGGCCGCUGGGAGCAGAAGAUCAAGAAGAACGAGGUGGAAAUCGAGGAAGAGGAAUUCUGGGAAAACGAGCUGCAGAUUGAGAUGGAGAAUGAGAAGCAGCUGAAGGAACAGCUGGAGGAGAUGAAGCAGAGGAUCUGGCAAUGCGAGCGCCAACUUAAAGCCUAUCAGGUCCAGGUCCGCACCAUCGAGAGCGGCAUUGAGGCUGAGAAACUUCAACAUGAGGACAAAGAGGCCCAGAUCAACGUUGGGAUCAUAAGGGGGAAGAUGGAGAAGGCCAAAGGGGACCUAGAAGUCCAAGGUCAGGAGAGCGUGAGGAUUGAGAAUGGCAAUAAGGCGGUGGAGAGGUCUUUGGGCCAGGCGGCCAAACGACUGCUGGACCGGGAGCAAGAACUCGAGCAGCUCACAAAGGAGCUUCGCCAGGUGAAUCUGCAGCAGUUUAUCCAACAAACCGGGACCAAGGUGACCGUCCUGCCGGCCGAACCGAUCGACGCAGAGUUCCCCCAGUCGGACAAUGAACCAGCAUUUCAGUCUGGAUCACUGAAGCGACCCGGAUCCUCUCGGCAACUUCCCAGCAACCUCCGCAUCCUACAGAACUCGCUGACGUCCGGUUUCAACCCAGAAGGAAUCUACGUAUAAACGUGUACUGCUAUUGCAGAUUGUAGGAGGAGCCACAAGGGCCCGCCCCUGAGGAUCUCCUGUAAAUUCCACUGACAUCAAAAGGAAAAGAAGUGAGGGGGGUCACUCCUGGCCCCACCCCCCAGCCGUUGUAUCCAAUCCGGCAGGAGCAAUGAAACUGCAAUAUAGAGACGGCGCUUGGGGCGGUCAUUGAGCGUUUUUGCGAGAUUUUAUGUUGCCGCUUGUGUAUUCUUUCUAAUAGCAGUCUUCAAAGUAUUAUAUUUAAUGUGCAGAGAGAAACUGCUCCAGGAAUCAACAUGGCGUCGCUCGCAGUCUCCCUGGCGUAUAGAGGCGCUAAAAGUGACUUAUAUAUAUUUUGCAUAUGCUAAUGAGUUUUCUAAAGCAGCCAAUGAUAACGAAAGAUUUGUAACAUUUCUGUUUAUGAUCAGUAUUUGUAGCCGUGACAGUGUUACUCGCAGCCCCGCGAUGUU